CACAUCUGAGAAACAAUCGAGAGUGAGUUGAAAAUGAUCGGAAUACAAUUGUUUUUGUGUCUACACGGUGUUUCAGAAAAACGUGGUAAUAUUUCUAGAACGUAAAGAAGACCAAACGUAAUUCGAAAAACUCAUACAAACAUGAGAAUAUUAUAUCGUAAGAUUGACCAUUUCAUGAAAUGUAUCAUUAUAUACCGAGUGACAAAAAAAGGUGGUAGACGGUCUCUGACUGUCGAACGCAGAGGUACCACCCGGCGGAUCUCAUGGAACGUAUUUCACAGGUUUUACGUCAAAAAAGGAGAGUAAGGUGACCACGCGCGGUAAUAACUUAAUUAGUGAUAUCUGAUAUGUUCAAAAAUUUUACGUUGUGCAUUUUAAGGAUGCUUUGAUGCAAUUAUUUUAUUUAAAUUUCAUAAAUUUACCAGUUUUAAUGCAAAUUUUUGUCGUACUUAAAGAACAAUAAACGAG